UUCCACGUCAGCUCCCGCAACUUCUCUUCCGACUUUUUUCAGUCCUAGACCUCUGCUCUCCGUCCAACAACCUCUCUCCGGCGCCGGCGAUGUUUCCGGCGAGACCGACACCGGGCGCCCGCGGCGUGCGGCGGCGGAAUCCGGCGGCCGAAUCGUGGGCUCGGCGAACCUUUGCGUCGUCUUCGAGACUCGCUUUCCCCCUCGGAUUGAAGAAGGAAGGGGUUCGUACCAUAUAUGCAUCGCUGAUUCGGAUCAAUUGAAUCAUCAGUCCUGCCUGUUCAAAUGAUACCUCGAAUUGGUGCUCCCGCCUCUUUGUAGAGAUGGAUGAAGUUUCUCUCAAUGCUGAGCCAGUUGGCGAUGAUGAAGCCGAGGAACUUGAGAUUGAGGGAGACUCUGCAAUGACUGGAUUAGUUGGUCAGACAAGUGUGAUUCAAGGAGAGAACCCCAUGCCUCCUGCUGUCGGGAUGGAAUUUGAGUCUUAUGAGGAUGUCUAUUACUUCUACAGUUGCUAUGCUAAGGAGCAUGGGUUCGGGGUUAGAGUAAGCAAUACAUGGUACAGGAAGAGUAAGGAGAGAUAUAGAGGAAAAUUGAGCUGCAGUAGCGCAGGUUUCAAGAAGAAAAGUGAGGCGAACCUCCCGAGACCAGAAACAAGAACCGGGUGUCCAGCGAUGAUAAAAUUCCGGUUGAUGGACAAUACGAGGUGGAGAAUUAUUGAGGUUGAGCUCGAGCAUAACCACUUAAUCAGCCCAACUAGUGGGAAAUUUUUUAAAUCACAUAAGGUCAUGGGUGUUGGGACCAAGAGGCCAUUGGAGUCGGAAGGUCCUGAGGAAGUAGAAACGGUCAAAUUGUUUCAGACUGUCAUCAUAGAUGCCGAGGGUGGGAAAUUAGCUGCUGAUGAUGGUGACCUUAAUGAAGCUACGACAAGGAGAUGCUCAAGCUGCUCUUGAUUUCUUCUGUCAGAUGCAGCUCAUGGAUCUAAUUUCUUCUACGUGGCAGACCUCAAUGAAAGGGGAUGUCUGAGGAACUUGUUUUGGGCUGCUGCGAGGUCCAGGGUCGCUUAUCGCUACUUUGGUGAUGUAGUUGCGAUUGACACAACAUUUUUCGGACAAGAGUUUGAUAACCUGCCGGUAUCAUUUAUUGGGGUGAAUCACCAUGGGCAACCUGUACUGUUGGGUUGUGGUUUGUUAGCAGGCGAGACUGUCGAGUCGUAUGUAUGGCUGCUUAGGGCUUGGCUCACCUGUAUCCUAGGACACCCUCCCCAAACUAUCAUUUCCGAUCAAUGCAAAGCCUUGCAAGCUGCUAUCUUUGAUGUGUUCCCCAGAGCUUCUCAUUGUAUGGAUUUGACAAAGGUCAUGAGAAGAAUCUCUGAGAGAUUGGAAAAAACUUACCAAUAUGAAACAAUUAAAGCUGCCAUAUAUAGAGCAGUUUGCCUUUCCCAGAGGGCUGAAGAAUUUGAAGCAGCUUGGAUGGAUAUCAUCCAUGAGCAUGGACUCGAGGAUCACCAAUGGUUCCAAAGCUUGUAUGAAGAAAGGAAUCGGUGGGUCCCAGCCAACUUGAAGGAGACCUUCUUGGCGGGAAUGUUUAGACACGC